AUGACGAGGGAACCUGCAAUUGCACUACACAUAACAACCCUAAGUUCUUCGUGGCUAGACCCCAUCACCAACUACCUAGAACACGGCCAAGUCCCUGGUGACGAAAAGGAUGCGGUGAAAUUAAGGAGGGAAGCGGCCAAAUACGCCGUCAUCCAAGGACAACUGUUCAGAAAAGGGCUCAGCCAACCCCUACUGAAGUGCCUACACCCCGACCAAACGGACUACGUCCUCAGGGAAGUCCACGAGGGCUGCUGUGGGCACCACAUCGGAGGAAAAGCCCUAGCAAGGAAGUUGAUCCGAGCUGGGUACUACUGGCCGUCGAUGAUGACAGAUUCCAAAGAGUUUGUCAAAAAGUGCGUAAAGUGCCAACAGAACGCCAACUUUGCCAAGGCACCGACAAACGAGUUGAGCUUGCUGACGACUUCCCGGCCGUUCGCUCAGUGGGGAAUCGACCUCUUAGGGCCCUUCCCUGUCGGCCCUGGGCAGGUGAUAACGCGGUUCGGGAUACCAGAAGUCGUCAUCUCGGACAACGGCACACAAUUUGCUGACAAAAAGUUCACAGAAUUUCUCAACGGCCUAGGUAUAAGGCAAAGGUUCUCUUCGGUAGAACACCCUCGGACGAACGGACAAGUGGAGUCCGCCAACAAGGUUAUCCUUUCAGGGCUAAAGAAGAGGUUGGACAACAAAAAGGGUGCUUGGGCCGACGAGCUAGCAUCGGUCCUCUGGUCUUAUCGAACAACCGAGCAAUCCUCCACCAAGGAAACCCCUUUCCGACUAACGUACGGGGUGGAUGCAGUAAUACCCGUGGAGAUCGGUGAACCGAGCCCGCGAUUGCUUGUGAAAGGAGUAGAGGAAACCGUAGAAAAGGACCUGAUAGAUGAAGCCCGGGAAAUGGCCCAUUUGACGGAAACAGCGCUAAAACAAAGAAUAGCUCUGCGCUACAACACCAAAGUGCUCAAGAGGGACUUUGAGCCUGACGACCUCGUCCUGAGACGGAAUGACAUCGGCCUGCCGACCCCCGGAGAAGGCAAGCUAGCGGCAAACUGGGAAGGCCCAUAUAGAAUCAAAAAAGUGAUGGGAAAAGGAGCCUUUAAGUUAGAAAAGCUUGAUGGCAAGGAAGUCCCGAGGACAUGGAACGCGGACAACCUUAGAAGAUUCUACUCCUAG